UAUCUCCGCCUAUGAUGUCUGUCAUUCCACCACUACAUUUCCUCCUGUCACUCUUUCUAGCUUUUCUCCUUUUGGUGGGGCUGGUGUUUAACUUAAUCGGCUGGCAGCGGGGUGGGGCGAAAAGCGGGCACCGGCGGCUACCGCCGGGUUCGAUGGGUUGGCCAUACGUCGGUGAAACUCUCAGCCUCUACACACAAAAUCCGAACACUUUCUUCUCCAAGCGUCAAAUGAGGUAUGGGAAAAUAUUCAAGAGUCACAUAUUGGGAUGCCCAUGUGUAAUGAUAUCAAACCCUGAGAUAGCCAAAAUAAUCUUGGUGACUCAGUCUCAUCUCUUCAAACCAACAUAUCCUUCAACCAAAGAGAUGCUGAUAGGCCCUCAGGCUGUCUUCUUCCACCAAGGUUCAUACCAUUCUCAUGUAAAGAAAUUGAUCCAAUCUUCAUUUCUGCCUUCCGCCAUUAAAGGUCAGGUUCACAAGAUCGAGGACAUCGUCCUCGGUCUUCUCGCGUCUUGGGAGCGUAUGGACACCAUCAACACCUUGCAUGAGAUGAAGAAGUAUUCAUAUGAAGUAGCAAUGAUAUCAGUAUUUGGGAAGGAGGUAGAGGGGAAUGAAAUUAGAGGAUUGAAGCAUUUGUAUCAUUGCUUAGAGGAAGGAUAUAAUUCCAUGCCUUUAAACCUUCCUGGAACCCCAUUCAAGAAAGCAAUGAAGGCUAGGAAGGUUCUUAAUGAGAGAUUGAGGAAGAUGAUACAGAAAAGAAGGGAGAUUGGGGAGCAUGGUGGAGGAUUGCUAGGAGUAUUUUUGGACUUAAAGGGGAAAGACCAACUGAGUGAUUCGCAGAUAGCAGAUAAUAUAAUUGGGGUCAUAUUUGCAGCUCAUGAUACCACUGCAAGUGUCCUAACAUGGCUUCUCAAGUACUUGCAUGAAUAUCCUCAUCUCUUGAAUGCUGUCAAGAUUGAACAAGAAGAAAUCUGGCGUGAGAGGCUGGAAACAAAGCGUGGGAUUACAUGGGAAGAUACUAGACGCAUGCCGGUUACUUCUCGAGUGAUACAAGAGACGUUGAGAGCUGCAAGCAUACUCUCGUUCUUGUUUCGAGAAGCAGUUGAAGAUGUUGAAAUAGAUGGCUUUCUCAUCCCGCGUGGUUGGAAGGUUCUUCCUCUCUUUAGAACCAUCCAUUACUCCUCAGACUUUUUCCCUGAGCCUAACAAGUUUGAUCCUUCACGAUUCGAGGUAGCACCUCGCCCAAACACUUACAUGCCGUUUGGGAUUGGAGCUCACUCGUGUCCGGGAAAUGAGCUAGCUAAGCUUGAGAUGCUUAUCCUCAUCCACCACUUGACCACCUCCUUCAGAUGGGAAGCCAUUGGAGAAGGUAAUGGCAUAGAGUAUGUUCCCUUCCCUGUGCCCAAACAAGGCUUGCCGAUCAAGCUCCACCGCGUCAGAGAAGUCUAGUGCCUUCAACGGCUAAUAAAAGUCGUUGAGAGGAAAUAAAAGUAUACAAUAGGGUAAGAGAAUAAAGAAGGAGAAGAUCAAACUAGUGACCGAAAACACAAAUAUGAUGUUUUAACUUUGUUUUCCUACAACUAUAUGAUAUUCAACCUUCUAUACUGUGUUUUCGUAUUAAUUUAGUUGUUGGUUUGA